AUGCCUCUCGCAGCAGUCGGACAGAUGCGCUCCCAGGCCUCCAUGGCCGACAACCUCAAACAAGCCCAAUCCCUCUGCCGCAAAGCCCACGAAGCCGGCGCAGCCGCCCUCUUCCUCCCCGAAGCAGCAGACUACCUAACCACCUCGGGCGGUCUCAAACUCUGCAAAUCCGUCCAAGACUCCGAAUUCGUCCAAGGCCUCUGCGCCUCCGCAAAACAAUACAGCCUCCCCAUCUCCGUCGGCAUCCACGAGCCCACAGACGACGGCAAGAAAGUAAAAAACACAUUAAUCUGGAUCACCGCCUCGGGCGAAAUAAAGUACCGCUACCAAAAACUCCACCUCUUCGACAUGGACGUAAAAGACGGGCCCCAGAUGCAAGAAUCCGCGGGGGUAGAACGCGGCGUCCACUUGGGCGACCCCUUCGACAGCCCCGUAGGAAAACUAGGCAUGCAAAUCUGCUUCGACCUGCGUUUCCCCGAACCCGGUCUCGCCCUGCGCGCCCGCGGCGCAGAAGUCCUGUUAUACCCCGCCGCCUUCACGACGCCGACUGGAAAAGCAGGACAUUGGGAGAUUUUGAUACGUGCCCGUGCGAUCGAGACGCAGAGUUAUAUUAUCGCUGCGGCGCAGGUGGGUGUGCAUGAUGAGGAGGGGAAGAGGAGGAGUUGGGGUCAUAGUAUGAUUGUGGAUCCGUGGGGGAAGAUUGUGGCGGAGUUGGGGGGUGAUGAGGGGGAGGGGGGGAGUUGGAAGGAUGAGGGGGAGAUUGCGUGUGCGGAGAUUGAUGUUGAGUUUGUGAGGAGUAUGAGGAAUGAUUCGCCGUUGAAGAGGAGGACGGAUGUUUAUAAUGAGUUGGUUUAG